GAGCUAAGUGCCGUUGGUACAAAACAAUCAAAAAGAGCGGCGGAAAAUCCAGAAAACCGAGCAAAGAAUCGUUUCACUAAUGUGUUGCCAUGUGAGUAUAGAAAUAUUAGCCAGCAUGUUACAGCAAUGUAUUAGGAUGUAACAGUUAUCAGUCUUUAAACUUCAACUACUAAACCACUAGGCACAUGGUAUUAACAUAUAUAACUGAUUGAAGAUGAAUAACCUAACUAAUGAUCAUUAUUCACCAUCAAACCAUCCUAAUAUAUUUACUAACUCCCAUAUUUACCUUUUUGUUUAAGAUGACCAUUCCCGGGUCAAACUGGACUGCAUUGAUGGAAAUCCAAAUUCUGAUUACAUUAAUGCCAACUAUAUGCCU